AUGGUGACAAGCUGGCUCUGGCAGUAUGAAUCCAGAGGUCCCAGGUUCGAUCCUCUGUGCCGGCCGCUCGCCUGGCGUGCGGGGUUACCCCUGCUGGGUCUCUGGGCGGCUUUUCCUGUCCCCCCCCAAAUCUCAUUCGCUCCCUGCCUCACUGAGCCGCCUCUGUGUCCCCCUCCCCAGCUGCAGACCUUCGGUGUCCCGUCUCCGUGCCAUACCUACCAGGAUCUGACCAGCGGGGUCCCCAUUGCCCAGGUCCUGCACAGGAUAGACUCCUCUUGGUUCAACGAGGCCUGGCUGCUGCGGAUCAAAGAUGACACCAGCGACAACUGGAGGCUCAAGGUGAGCAACCUGAAAAAGAUCCUACAGAGUGUGCUGGAGUACUGCCAAGAUGUCUUGGGUCACCAGAUCUCAGAGCGCCACCUGCCCGACGUCAACCUGAUCGGGGAGUUCUCGGACACCUCGGAGCUGGGCAAACUGCUGCAGCUGGUGCUGGGGUGUGCCAUCAGCUGUGAGAAGAAGCAAGAGCACGUCCAGCAGAUCAUGACCUUGGAGGAGUCCGUCCAGCACGUGGUUAUGGCUGCCAUUCAGGAGCUGAUGACCAAGGACCCACUGGACACGUUGGCCUCCGAGACAUACGGCAACUUCGAUAGCCAGUCCCGGAAGUACUAUUUCCUCAGCGAGGACCUGGAGGAACCGGAUGACAUGCGGCAGCGUUGCCAGGAACUGGAGCAACAGAUCUCCGUGCUGGUGGAAGAGAAGAACACCCUGACCCUGGAGAACAAGACCCUGAAGGAGCAGAAGAACCGGCUGGAGUCAGAUACGGGCAGCAAGAGGCUGCUCCUGUUACAGGCUCAGAUCACACAGCUGCAGGAGGAGACCUUCAGGCUGGAGAGUGGGAAGGAGGACUUCCGCAUGCGUUGUGAGGAGCUGGAGAGGGAGGUGCAGGAGCUGCAGCAUCGGAACGAGGAGCUGAGCAGUCUGGCCGAGGAGGCCCAGGCCCUGAAGGACGAGAUGGACGUGCUGAGGCACUCCUCGGACAAGGUGGGCAAGCUGGAGGCCGCGGUGGACGCCUACAAGAAGAAGCUGGAGGACCUGGGCGACCUGCGGCGGCAGGUGCGGCUGCUGGAGGAGCGGAACACGGUCUACAUGCAGCGCACCUGCGAGCUGGAGGAGGAGCUGCGCAAAGCCAACGCCGUCCGCUCCCAGCUGGAGACCCACAAGAGACAGGUGCGCGAGCUGCACAGCAAACACUCGGAGGAGGCCUUGAAGGCUGAGAAGUGGCAGUUUGAGUUCAGGAACCUGAAGGAGAAGUUCGAGGCGCUGGUGAAGGAGAAGGAACGCCUGAUUGAGGAGCGGCACUCCCUCCGCGAGGCCAACGAGGAGCUGAGAUGCGCCCAAGUGCAGCAGACGUGCCUGAGCCAAGCAGAUGCCUUGCUGGACAGAGCCUCUUCUCCCAUGGACAACCUGGCCGCUGAGAUCUUGCCGACUGAACUCAAGGAGACCAUCGUGCGCCUGCAGCACGAGAACAAGAUGCUGUGCGUGCAGGAGUCGACGUACCGGGAGCAGCUGGCCGAGCUGCAGGGGCAGCUGGAGGAAUCCAACCGCACCAAGAACCGGCUGGAGACCCAGCAGAGGUUGCACCAGCAGCAGAUCUCGGAGCUGAAGGCCCAGGUGGAGGAGCUCCAGAAGGCCCUGCAGGAGCAGGGCACCAAGGCGGAGGAUUCUUGCCUGCUGAAGAAGAAGCUGGAAGAGCACCUGGAGAAGCUGCACCAGGCCCACUCGGAGCUGCAGAAGAAGCGGGAGGACAUCGAGGACAUGGAGCCCAAAGUGGACAGCGCAACCGCCAGGAAGAUCAACGAGCUGCAGCAGUGUCUGAAGAAGAAGGACGAGGACAUGAGGGCCAUGGAGGAGCGCUACAAGUGCUACAUGGACAAGGCCUGCACAGUCAUUAAGACAUUGCACCCCAAGCAGCCGCCAUCCAAGACACCCCCCGAGAUCCAGGCCUUAAAGAACCAGCUGCAGGAGAAGGAGGUGAAGAUCCAUCACCUGGAGACCAACUUGGAGAAAACGAGAUCCCAGCGGGAGCAGGAAGAGAAGCUGAUCAUCAGCGCCUGGUACAACACGGGCAUGGCGCUCCACCAGCAAGCCACGGAGCAGCGAUCGGCCACCUCCAGCAGCGCCCAGUCCUUCCUGGCCCAGCAGCGCCAGGCCACCAACGCCCGCAGGGGGCAUCUGGGCCGGACCCAGCCCCUGCUGGCCAAGUACGGAGACAAGCCCCCCCAGCUGCACUGACCGGAGCCCCUCCCACUCCUACCCUCCUUCAGGGCUGCGUGGGUGGGGGGUCUUGCCCAUUGCUGCCCUGUGGCAUCCACCCCCUGCGGUGCCAUCUGUCUCAUGGGGGGGGGGGGGGGG